AUGUUUUGUUCAAAUCUACGGAGGUGUUUGGCUCCCUUCUACGCUGUGAAAUGUAACACCGACCUUGUUCUCAUUCGUAUCCUAGCCUCACUUGGAGUAGGAUUCGAUUGUGCAAGCCGUGAAGAAAUCGACAUUGUAAUGGACAUGGGUGUGACACCGGAUCGUAUCAUCUAUGCAAAUCCAUGCAAGACUCGAUCGUUCAUAAUGCAUGCUAAGGAAAGAAAUGUCACUAUGAUGACAUUUGAUAACGCAGAAGAAUUGGAAAAAGUGGCAGGAUUGCAUCCGGAUGCUGAAAUGAUCCUGCGCAUUGCUGUGUCGGAUCCGACUGCCACUUGUCCACUGAACCUGAAGUUUGGAGCAAAUCCAGUGAAGGAAGCUCCACAGCUACUCGUUCAGGCCAAGCAACUUGGCGUCGAAGUCGUUGGGAUAAGCUUCCAUGUUGGUUCCGGCUGCAACGACCCGACUGCCUAUCGUGAAGCAGUAGCUCAUGCUAGAAAUCUCAUGGAUAUCGGAGAAGGACUCGGCUUUUGC